UGACGCCGCAAAGAAAACAAAAUCCCGCGCAUUUGGUCCAUUAAUACUUUCUGCGUGUUGUUAUAAAAUUUCUUUGUUAAUUUUUCAGUGUAUAUUGGUUAAUUUUGAAUUACAUUCAAAAUGACCACACAAAAAGUGACAUACGGAAUGGAUGCUGGUGCACAGCAAACAUUCGUUAGGUUUUUCAGGAAUCUACCUGAGAAAGCAUCCAGCACAAUCCGAUUCUUCAAUAGAGUUGAUUAUUAUACUUGCCAUGGAAGUGAUGCUACUUAUGUUGCUAAAGAAUUUUUUAAAACAACUUCUGUUUGUAAGAUGAUAGGAGCUGAGGGAAAUAAAAUCGAGGGAGUUCUGUUGAAUAAAGGACAGUUUGAGGCAUUCCUAAAAGAGCUUUUACUGGUUAAAAAAUAUAGAGCAGAAGUAUAUGUUCAAACAGGAGUUGGAAAAAAUAAAACCUGGAACUUACAAUAUAAAGGUUCUCCAGGGAAUUUAAGUCAGUUUGAAGAUAUUUUAUUUGGAACUGAUGAUAACAAUCCGACAGCCACUAUUAGCGGAACAACGAUGGCUGUGGUGAUGGGAAUGGAUGGAAAAUCCAAAGUUGUAGGGCUCAGCUGCAUUGAUUCAAUUUCAUGCGUAAUUCGUGUGGCCCAAUUCAUGGAUGACGAAAUGUUCUCUAAUUUGGAGGCAUGUGUUGUCACUAACGCUACAAACGAAUGUAUCUUAAUUGAGGGUGAUAAAAGUCAAGAUUUUUUAAACAUCCAAGGAGUACUUCAACGCAAUAAUAUUUCCAUUACUCUAAAAAAGAAAAAAGACUUUUCAAAAGAUUCACUGAUACAAGAUUUGAAUUCACUACUUAAAUUUAAAGAUGGAGAAAAAGAAAGCGCUCAUAUUUUUCCAGAAACACAAUUGGAACAUGCUAUGACUGCAACUGCAGGACUUAUUAAAUAUCUAGAUUUAACGUCUGAUGAAGGAAACAUUAAUCAAUACAAGAUAGAAGAUUUGAAACAGACGAAUUAUAUGAAAUUGGAUUCAUCAGUGGUACGAGCUUUGAACAUUGACCCUUCACCAGAAUACAAACUGGGGAAUAAUCGAGGAGCUCCUACAAGUAUUUUUGAGCUCUUAGAUAAAUGUAGAACUCCACAAGGCCAUCGUUUAUUAACAUUAUGGAUUAAACAACCGCUUCAAGAUUUAUCACUCAUCACCGAACGUUUAGAUAUUGUAGAAUUCUUUGUUAAUAACAGCGAAAUUCGAUCGAAUGUCAAUGGAGAUUAUUUGAAACGAAUUCCUGAUCUGGAACAAUUGGUGAAAAAAAUAUUAAGGAAAAAAGCAAAAUUACGAGACAUAUAUAAGGUGUACGAAUGUAUUAAUAAUCUACCGAAUUUAGUUGAGUGCUUAUCAAGUUCAGGUGCUCCAGCAGCUUUGAAAUCAAUGAUAACCGAAUCACUGAAAGAAAGCAUGAAUGACAUGGAAAAAUAUCAAGAAAUGGUAGAAAAAACGAUAGAUUUUGAUUCAAUAGAGACUGGAGAAUAUUUAAUAAAACCUGAUUUCACUGAAGAAUUGCUCGAAUUACAUAAAACCAUGAAUAGCUUGAAAACGAAAAUGGAAAACGAAUUUUCUAAAGCUGCACAAGAUUUAAGUUUAGAUGAAAAUAAAAGUAUCAAAUUGGAAUCAAUGGCUCAGUUCGGAUAUUAUUUGAGAGUUACUAUGAAAUCAGAAAAAAUGGUUCGACACAAUAAGACUUAUAAAGUUUUUGAUGCAAGCAAGAAUGGAGUUAAAUUCCGAACAGAAAAAAUGGAAAAAUACAAUGAAGACUAUCUAGAAGCAAAGAGGAAAUACGAAGCGGCACAAAGAACAAUUGUAACUGAAGUAAUAGAUAUAGCAAUUGGUUACUGCAGUCAUUUAAAAAAUAUCGCUAAGGUUGCUGCAAUCCUUGAUGUCUUAACUGCUUUUGCAGUAGUUGCUGCAAAUGGUACAAAAAAUUAUGUCCGACCAAAAAUACUUGAGAAAAAUUCUGGCGUUAUUAACUUUAAACAAGCCCGUCAUCCGUGCAUUGAAAGUCAACAAGAUGUUAACUACAUUGCCAAUGACAUUGAAUUCAAACAAAAUGAAUCUGAAUUUCAUAUUAUAACUGGUCCAAAUAUGGGAGGUAAAAGUACGCAUUUAAAAACUGCUGGAAUUGUUGUACUUCUAGCACAUAUAGGAUGUUAUGUACCAUGUGAUGAAGCAACAAUGCCAUUGAUUGAUUCAAUGUUUGCACGAGUUGGAGCUGAUGAUUCACAGUUCAAAGGAAUUUCUACGUUUAUGGCAGAAAUGAUUGAAAUGGCCUAUAUAAUGAGGACUGCAACUUCAAAUUCGUUGAUUUUAAUCGAUGAGCUUGGAAGAGGUACAUCUACUUAUGAUGGUCGUGGUUUAGCUUGGGCCAUAGCAGAACAUUUAGCAAAACAUGUCAGAGCAUUUUCGUUCUUUGCCACUCACUUCCAUGAGAUUACAAUGCUUGCAGAAGAUAUUCCAACAGUCAAAAAUUAUCAUGUUACUGCUAUGGUUAAUGGCAAAGAUGUUAUAUUUUUAUACGCAGUAAAACCUGGUAUCAGUGAUCAAAGUUUUGGAAUUAAUGUAGCAAGAAUGGUUAAUUUAUCUGAGGAUAUUAUUGAUUAUGCUACCAAAAAACUGAAACAGCUAGAAGAAGCUGAACAUUUAUAUGAAGGAUAUUUCGAAGGACCUUAUACACCUGAAGAAAAAAGGAGAAUGGUCGUUGAAGCAGAUAAAUUGAUUGAAAAAAUGAUCGAUAAAUGCAGUAAAUUGGAUCAAUCUUUGCCGGAAGAAGAAUUGAUCAAUAAAAUUAAUGAGUACAAAGAAGAAGUUUUAUCUCAAGAUAAUCCGUACAUUAAUACGGCACUUUUGAAAGUGAAAAAUUAAGCCCUACCUCCAAUACUCCAGUAUUAUAUUAUAAUAAUUUAACCUGAAAUACAUUCUAUUUGUUAAGGAA